AUGGUAUGUUCCCAUGGGUCUAAAUGUAAAACGGACGCCAAUGGUUUGUCGAAAUGUUAUUGUCCAGACAAUUGCAAUGAAUAUAAACGUACAACAUCAUCAUCAGAAGGACCGGUUUGUGGUACAGAUAAUCGAACAUAUAGAACAAUAUGUGAAUUAAAUAAAGAAGCAUGUCAAACACAACAAAAUCUAAAUGUUUCAUAUAUUGGCGCAUGUCAAGAUUGUCAUCAUUCAGAUUGUCCUAAGAAUAAUAAUGUUAAUCACUGUAAUCCUCAUAUACAAUGUUUAUCUGAAUAUUAUCCAAUAUGUGGAAGUAAUCUUCAAGAAUAUUCAAAUGAAUGUGAAAUGAAUAAAUAUGCAUGUCAAUCAAAUAUACCUAUAACAAAAUUACACGAUGGCCCAUGCGAUUCUCGGGAACAACAACAACAAUUUGAAGCCUGCAAAGCACUUGCAUGUCUUAAUGGUAAAACGUGUAUGAUCGAGGAUGGCAUUGGUGUAUGUCGAUGUUUAUUUAAUUGUUCAUCAGAAGAAAAUAAAGUAUGUGGAUCUAAUGGUAUUAUUUAUCAAAAUUCAUGUGAAUUGGAACGUGAUCGGUGUAUUCGUGACGACAAUAUUGUAUCAGUUGACAGUUCUUAUUGCACAUCAUCAUGUAAUACACUUCAAUGUCCAUAUGGACGAUGUCAACAAAACCAUAAUGGUCAAGUAGAAUGCGAAUGUACACAAUGUUCAACAAUUUACACCGAUUAUGAUAAAUUAUGUGGUAAUAAUGGAUUCACUUAUUCAUCAAGAUGUCAUCUUGAAUAUGAAGCAUGUACAAGACGUGUAAGCAUAGAACCAGUUCACAUGGGACAAUGUGAUAAUUGUCAUAAUAUUACAUGUCCAUUCAAUGGACAAUGUAAAUCAGAACAAGGAAAUUAUACAUGUACAUGUCCAUCAAAAGAUACUUGUGAACCUCUUCGACAUGAUGAGUCAUAUUCAAUUUGUGCCAAUAAUCAACAAUUAUUUUCAAGUCAAUGCGAAAUGAAUAUUCGUUCAUGUGAAUUACAAACUCAUCUUUAUGUCAUUGAACCUCGACAUUGUAUACAAGAUAAAUCUAAUUCCGAAUAUACUCGUGAAUGUGGUUAUGAUGAACCAUUAUUUGAUACAAUAUUACAUCGUAAUACUGAAUGUGACACAAUUGGACGUUGUCCAAUGAAUAGUUAUUGUAAUACGCAUACAAAUCGAUGUUGUGUUAAAGUUAUUACAGCUGUAUUACCUUAUCGAAUGUGCUCAAUAGAUAAACAUUGUGGUAAAAAUAUGGUUUGUUUAAGUGGUCUUUGUGAAUGUGCAAGACAAGAUUAUGUACCAGCAAGAAAAAAACGAGAAUGCAUUGCUAUUCCACAUUUAUCUAUGGGUUCAACUUGUUUUGAUUCAUUAUUUGGAUGUUGUAAUGAUAAUGUAACUAUUGCACCUAGUCUAGAUCGACGUGGAUGUCCAGAGUAUUGUAAUUGUCAUUCAACAGGCUCAUUACAAUUAUCAUGUGAUCCAAUAACAAGUUCUUGUUAUUGUCGACCAGCUGUGGGUGGAUCUAGUUGUUCACAUUGUGAAAAUGAAUAUUGGGGAUUUUCUCGUAUAUUAACACAUAAUAAUACUGGAUGUACUCCUUGUGGUUGUCAUCCGUAUGGUUCAACACGAAAAGAUUGUCUUCAAGAUACAGGUGAAUGUGCUUGUCAUUCAUUUGCAACAGGACGUCAAUGUGAUAAAUGCAUUGAUUCAUCAUUAUCAUUAACUGAACGUGGAUGUGUCAAUUUGAAUAAAAAUCGGCGUCGUCCACGAACAUGUCGAGAUUUAAAUUGUCUUUUUGAAGGUAUAUGUCAAACAAUAAACGGUCAUCCUCGUUGUACAUGUCAACAUGUAACAUGUACAACUGAUGAACAACGUUCAAUGAAUAUAUGUGCAUCCGAUGGACGAACCUAUAAAUCUAAAUGUGAUAUUAAAAAACAACAAUGUUUAAAACAAUAUGAAAUUGGUUUAAUUUAUCCAGGUGUUUGUACAGGAACAGAUGGAUUAUCGAAAGAAUAUGUUCAAUUGGAAGAAGAAGUGUUAGCACAAGACGAUGAAGAGAAUGUAUAUGAUUAUCCAACAGCGGUAGUAUCAAUGGAUUCAAAACGAUGUGUAACAAAUUCAGAUUGUGGUGAAAAUAUGGUUUGUCUAUCAGAAUUUUGUGAAUGUGCAAAACAAAAAUAUAAACGUAUACAAGGACCCAGAUGUGUGGCGCCUCAUUCUAAUCAGUUAGCAUCGAAUCAUACUGUAUUAAAUCCUGUUCGUCGUACAACAAUGGGUGCAUGUAUGCGACGUACACCAUGUGAAAAUCAUGCUACAUGUGUUGAUCGACCAGAUGGAAAUUAUAAAUGUCUAUGUUCUUUUGGUUGGCAAGGACGUCAUUGUAAUGAAAAAUUUCAAAUAACAUUUCCACAUUUUAAUCGUCAAUCUUAUUUUGAACUUAAAUUACAAAUUUCAACAAAACAUACUGAUAAUCAAUUAUUACGUAUUGAUCUUAUCUUUGCAUCUGAACAUCAUAAUGGUUUACUUCUUUAUGCUGAUGAUAAAUUAACAGAAUUUUAUUUUAUUAUUUCAAUAAGAAAUAAAAUUCUUGAUAUAACUGUUCGUCUUGAUCAUUCUGUAUCAACAAUUCAAUUACCAGAUAUGAUUGAGCUAGAUAAAUAUGCUCGUUUACAAGUACAUAUUUUACAUAAUGAAAUACGGGCAAGAUUAAAUGAUGGAAAUAUUUCAUCAAAAGUAUUACCAUUUGGUAGUUCAUUUAAAAGUACAUUAUAUCUAGGAGGUUUACCCGAAUCUUUUCAAUCUCUCUAUCAACAGUUUCAUCUUGAUGAAGGGUUUCAAGGAUGUAUACAUGAAUUAUCUAUAAAUGAACGACGAUUAACAUUCAAUAAUUCUGAACAUAAUACAAUUCUUAGUGCUCAAAAUAUUGAUGAAUGUAUUGCAAAUCCAUGUCGAUCAGGUAUUGCAACAUGUCGAAAUGAAACUCGUUGUAUACCAAUAAGAAAUAAUGACGCAAAUAGUUAUAAAUGUAUAUGUGAUGAUUAUUUAUCAUCAACAAAUACUGAUUGUUUAACAUCAUCUAUUGAUCGAUGUUCAACAAAACCAUGUAAUUAUGAUCAACAAUGUAUCAAUAUAUAUCCAAAUAAUUAUACAUGUAUUUGUUUAAAUUGUUCCUCAGAUAACCCAUAUAUAGCAGGAUUUCAUGCAAAUAGUUAUAUUAAACGUCCAUCUCUUCAACCAGUAGAACACACAGGAAAAUUUACGAUUGAACUAUGGUUUCUUAGUGAAAGUCCAUCAGGUUUAUUAAUCUAUAGUGAUCAUAUAAAUUCGAAAAAAGGACAUUUUACUAUUUUUCUUCAACGACGAACGGUGAUAUGUAAUAUUAUGAUAGGAAGCAAAACUAUUUCACUAAGUUCUCGAUAUCCAAUCGAAUUAAAUAAAUGGCAUCAAUGUUUAAUCGAAAUCCAUGGUCAAAAAUUAACUUUAACAGUCGAUCAAGAACCACCUGUUGUAACAUUUGAAUUGUUUUCAACAAAUAUGUUUUGGCCACGUUCAUUUACAUUUAUUGGUAAUUUACCAAUACAAUAUCGUUCAUUUGAUAUGUUAUCAAAUUCUAUUCUAUCCGAAGGAUUUCAUGGUGCAAUACAAAAAAUUCUUAUUAAUAAUCAUUCAUUGAAUGAUAUUCGUCAAGAUGCAAUUGAAUUAUAUAAUAUAAGUAAAUAUGAUGGAUAUCCAUGCACACCAAAUCCAUGUACAGCAAAUCAAAUUUGUCAACAAAUUCAAUUAAAUAAUUAUACAUGUCAAUUACGAUAUAAACAAUCAAAUAUUUCCGAUAUGUCAAUUGAAUUAGAUGGACAACAAAAUCUUAUUUAUUCAUAUUUACCAUUAAAUCUUCAUCGAAAUUAUUUUAAAUUCUUAUUUAAAACAACAAUUUCUUAUGGUUUAAUAUUUUAUAUUGGUAAUACAAAUACAAAUAGUUUUUCACAAUAUUUAUCAUUAACACUCGUUGAUGGUUUUAUACAAUUUACAGUUAAAUUAGAUAAAAAUUCCGAUGAAAAUUUUCUAAUAUCAAAAAUACGUGUUGAUGAUGGUCAAUGGCAUCGAGUUGAAAUUGAAAGAUUUCGUCGUCGUAUAACAAUGAAACUUGAUGAUAAUUCUCCUCGUCGUAUUGUAUCAUCAAGUCGACUAACGGAAUUUCGUCCAUAUCCAACAUAUAUUUAUAUUGGUGGUUAUCAUCGGCUAUGUAGUUAUAAUGAACAAUAUUGUCAUACAUAUCGUGGAUGUUUAAAAAACUUUUUUAUUGAUAAAUAUUUUCUUGAUUUACUUAAUGAUGAAAUAAAUCAACAAUAUCCAUUAAAACAAUGUCAAACUAUCGCUGGAUAA